AUGGAGGAAGAGCAAAACAUUGAUGAAGCACAGCUGGAUGUUUUAGACAUGCUGAUGAGACCCCCUCUUCCUGGGACCAUGCAAGAGGCCAUGGCCUACUGGGAGUACUUGGACUGCCAGACUGUGUCCUGUGAUGCCUGGCUGUGGAGGAGGAACCUGGGCAAACCAGGCCAAACCUUGAAGAAAGGCAAAGCUCUGAAAAAGGGCAUGGUCCUCAUGAAACCAGUCAAGAAAAAAGGUGCAGGAAACCCACAGCCCAAGCUGAGAAAAAGUUUCCCUGAAGUUGACCAGGAUGCUUUAGAUGAUGCCCUUGACAGCCACAUCAGGCAGAUUGGUGUGCAAGAAGCAUUGAACCUGCUGGACUACAGGCAUCUCCAGCCACAGCAGGCUGAGAUCCCCAGAGCCAUGUUCAAAUUGCACCCUCUCCUCAAAGCAUUGGUGCAAGUCAGCCCCAGUGCAGAAAUCAGGUACAGGAAUCUGAAACACAAGUUUGGGGCUGAACUCUUGAACAAGUACUGGGAGGUGGAAGCAGCUUUGCUACCUGGGAGGGCUGCUGACAGCAUACUUGUCCUCCUUAAACACUGGAGGAGGGUGACAGCCAGUCCAGCAGGUUGGGAAAGGUUUGGCACCAAACUUGACACAGCACAGUUCCAAGUGCUCACUGGUCUAUACAAAAAAACUGGUAAAAAGGUUGGUGGGUCACCAGGCAAGAGGAAGCUGAAGAAAGAGGUGUCAGAUGUUACAAUGGCAUCUGAUGGCUUCCCUGCAAUGUUGGCCACUUCUUCUGCAUCAGAGGCAGAGGAUGGUUCUGAUGGUGAAGCUUCUGAAGCUUCUGAAGCUUCUGAAGCUUCUGCUGCACCCAGCAACUCUUUGCUUGGGUCUCCACCUCCUGUGACCAAAGCUAUGUGGAGGGAAAAGGCUGGCAAGCCUGUGAAGAAAAGGCCUGCUGGGAAAGGAAGUAAAGAGAAGGACGGUGCCAAGAAAAAACCAGCAGCAGGAAAAAAACCAGCAGCAGAAGUGAAAAAGAAGCCAGGUGACACAGGCUUGGGGCCAGAUACCCCAAUUGCCCAGGAGACCCUGAGCAUAGGUGGUGGCAAGAACCAGUCCUACAUACAACACAUGCCUUUUGGCCCAAACACUGUCAAGAAGCUUGUGGUCAGUGUGUCUUUGGCCCAAGCUGCCAAGCUCAAGGUUUCCCAUAAGCAGCUGGUGGAGGAGCUCUUGCCUGCUUGCAAGCAGGCUGGUGCCACCAAGGUGGCUAUGGGUAUGGUACCAGCCAAGCAGCUGCAUCCCAGCCUCCAAGCCCCAAAGGACCACCCAGGGAUCAGAGGAGUGGCCUUGGGAAAGGGCAAGCAAAAGGCCUUGGGAAAGGGCAUGCAAAAGGCCUUGAAAAAGGGCAAACAAAAGGCAGACCUGAGCCUGGAAGAAAAGAUGGAAACCUUCCAAAAGAAAGCCAAUGGAAAUGUUCAGACUUUCCUUGACAGCCUCACCCCUGGCCAGAGAGAAGCCCUUUGGGGUCGCUUUAGCAGGGCAAGGGAUGCCUUGAAGGAUCCCAAAGCCACAGAGCUGUGGAACACCCACUGUAAGGGGAAGGGAAGUGAAGAGAAAAAAAAACAGCUGCUGGCUGUGUUUUUGAAGAACAGGGGUGAUCUGAAGAAGGCUGGCAUCUACCACAAAGAGUUGGUUGCCUUGACCGAAGUUUCAGGCAGCUUGGCUGGCAGAACCCAAAUUUCAAUGGGUGUUCUGAGUGCCAUCACUCCUGACCAAGAAGAGUGGCAGUUCUGCCUGGAGACAGCAAUUGUCUACAGUGACAAGCAGUCCAAGCAUGAGAUGAACAUGGAGGCUGCCACCAAACUGGAAGCCAUCCAAUGGAUGGAAGCCAGAAAGGCUGGCACCAUGUUGAGCCCUGAGGAAGGGCUGGCAGCAAAUGCCUUGAAUGAUGUCCUCCCCACCAGUGCCAAAAAAAAGGCUAAAGAGCUUGCAGCUAUCAAAGACAAAGAGUCAGAUGAAGAAGGUGAUGCAGAAGAUGAGGAAGAAGAUAGCAAACAAAAGCUCAAUGCAGCUGCAAAGGAAGCUGACCUCCUGUCAGACAUGGGGGGGAGCAAAAGCAAAGAGCUCACAGCCAAGAGAAUCUUGAAGAUGCUCAAGCUGGUCAAGCAAAUCAAUGCUGGCCUUGCAAAGGGCAGCUCAGGGAGCAAGGCAGCAAAGCACCAGAAGGAACUGCAGAGUUGCCAAGUUGAGUUGCAAAAACUUAGCAAGCAGGGGCAGAAGGUCAAGCUGGAAGUUGCCAAGGACACUCUCUGUGAAGCAGCACUGGCUGUAAAGAGAGCAGAAAAGGAGCUUGCAUCCCUUGGCAACCAUGGCCAGAAUCCCAACCACAUUGCCCACCAAUUGCAAUCCAAGUACUGUGAAAGCACUGACAUAGACUUGCCCAUGCCCUACUUUGUGGAGACUCCUGUGCAGCUCAGAACAGCAGAUGGCCUGUAUGUGGCACAGAAGAAAAUAGGGAUGUUCUUACCACAUGAGUGGUUUUAUUGGCUUUGUGGCCAAGACCAAGCUAUGUCAGGGUUGCAAGAUGUUGAAGAGUUCUGGAAAGAACACAGCCCAAAAGACCCACAGCUGAAGAACAACAUUAUCAAAGAGACUCAGCAGCAUAGAGAGCACAGACAUAAGUGCUUGCCCUGUGGCUUACAUGGAGAUGGGGGCCAAUUCCAGCGAAAUGAUAGCAUCAAUGUGAUCAGCAUGAGGAGCCUGCUAUCCAGCCCCAAUGUUGCUUCAAGCCAGCUCUUGCUACUGGCUUUGCCAAAGGGUGCCAUCAACAAGAGCCCUGAUGAUGCAGCAUCUGACACCAUGAAGGUCCUUUGGCAAGUACUCCAAUGGUCUUGGGAAGCUGCUUUCUACAACAAGUUUCCUGAAUUUGACCAUGCAGGGAACCCUUGGCCAGCAAAGUCUUGGAGACAGCAAAUGGCUGGUCAACCUUUGAGCAGAGAAGGCUUCAGAGCUUGCAUCUGGGCAGUGCAGGCAGAUGGUGAGUACCUCCAGAAUGAGUUCCAGCUGAAAGGUGCAUCACAUGAGGAGAUGUGCUUCAAUUGCUCAGCAAACAAAAGCACUCUCCCCUAUAAUGACUUCAGGCCCACUGCAGCUUGGAGGGCUACAGUGGUGGAGCAUGCAGGGACAUGUCCUACAGAUCAUGUGAUCAGCACCAUUCCAGGUGUGGUUGGUGAAAGCUUCAAAUAUGACACCCUACAUGUGCUAGAGGAAGGCCUCACAGCACAUGUGCUGGCCAAUGUCCUCUUUGACCUGGUUGUGAAGCCAGGCCUGCCAGGAACACAGAAUGAGAGACUGACCUACCUCUUUAGGAAAAUCUGCGCCCUCUACCAAGAGCAAGGCAUUGAGGCCAGUGACAGGAUCAGGAAGCUGACACUCUCUACUUUCUGUUCUCCAAAGAGCAAGCAUGAUCAGAUUCCUACUUUGACAGGGGUGAAGGCUAGACACUGCAGGUGGCUGGUACCUGUGCUGGAAGAGAUAUGCUUGGAAUUCCAGAGUACAGAGGACAAGUACAGUGUACAUCGGUUUCAAACUGUCAAGCACCUCAACCAGCUCUACACAAUCAUGGACUGCAGUGGCAUGCAUCCCACAGGGGAAGAAGCAACUUCUUUCAAAAAAAGCAUGAACCUUUGCCUCCUACACUACUCCAGGCUGUCAGUGUUGAGCAUCCAGCAAGGAAUUCUACAAUGGAAUGUGACCCCCAAGUUCCACUUGUGUGAGCACUUAGCAAGUGUCUUUCAGUGGUUCAAUCCUAAAUUUUAUUCCUGUUAUGCUGGUGAAACAAUGGUGGGCCACCUAUCAGCCCUUGCUCAUUCCUGCCUGAGUGGCACUGCCCCCUACCAGGUGGCCAGUAAGGUCACUUGGAGAUACAGGUUAGCUCUUCACCUGAGGAUCCAAGGAGCUGAUUUUUCAUGGCAAGAUAUAGAAAGUGAUUAA